UCAACACGUUUUGUGCUGUCUGUUUCAAACAAAAUUUUGUAUAAAAAUUAUUUGAAAUCAUGGAUAAAAUCUUCACAGAGCACGAUUGGGACAAUGAGGACAUUUCCGAGCAGAUAAAUUUUAGUUUUGCGAAACAAAAGCCUGUCAAGAAGAGUCCUAAGCGAAAUAAAUCACAGAGCAACAACAACCCUGAUGAACCUGGCCGGUUUGUACGGGCACCUCUUCUUGAUAAUAGCGAACCUGUCACAACAACAAAUGGCAAACCUAAAUCUGCUAAAAGAAAAUCCAACGAAACUGUUGAACUUCAGCACGACACGGAACUGCCUAAACCGAAAAAUAAGAAACGUAAGAACGGGUCUGUAGCAACAGAAAGCUUGAACGGCGAAGCUAAAAGUAAACCCAAACCCACUAUUACUAAAACAUCCGAUUUUCGCGAAAAAUUGGUUGACAGUCUGAAGGGCUCUCGGUUUCGGUUCAUCAACGAGCAACUGUACAAAACCACAGGCACAGAGGCGAAGCUACUGUUUCAGGAAGAUCCCAGUGCAUUUCAGGCGUAUCACGAAGGAUACCGGCAUCAGAUUGUUCAGUGGUCUGUAAAUCCACUGGAUCGGAUCAUUAAAAGUUUCAGCAAAUUGCCAGCUGAUUACGUUGUGGCAGACUUCGGGUGUGGAGAGGCGCGUUUGGCAGAAGCCAUUGAACAGAAAGUCUAUUCUUUGGAUUUGGUUGCGGCCAAUAAUAGUGUAAUUGCCUGCGAUAUGGCACAUACCCCGCUGGAAACGAAUUCGAUCAAUGUGGCCGUGUUUUGUCUCUCACUGAUGGGAACCAACCUGAGGGACUUUCUGCUGGAAGCCAAUCGAGUUUUGAAAGUUGGUGGAUUGUUGAAAAUAGCCGAGGUAUCAUCUCGCUACAAUAAUGUCAAAGAGUUCAUCGAUUGUGUGCACAAGUGUGGUUACCUGUUGGACAAUAAGGACCUGAAUCACAAGUUGUUCUACUUUUUUAACUUCAAGAAGGUUCGGUCCGUAGACAAAUCUUCCUUCAAAGGUAAGCACUUCAGUUUGAAACCAUGUCUCUACAAGAAGCGAUAGCGGUCUCUUGUAAAGGUACAAUAAAUUCAGAUA